AUGGCACAUCACCGACCUGAACCAUAUGGGGCAAGGCAUUAUCCCUAUCGCAAGACGGCGCCCUACAUCGGGAACGCUGUGACACGUGAAGUCUCCGAAUUGGAUGCCAUCGAUGCUUUUCUUUCUCACCGCCUUAUUCCUGCGAUUCGUAGGGACUCCGAUCGCCCGGUGAAGGUAAUUGUCAACUUGGGUCACAUGGAGCAACCCCCGGAAGCCGCUUACGAAUCCUCUAACACCAUCAUAUACAAUGCCCCAGGCGCCAGCAUGAUCAUUCGUGAGGCAGGCUACCAGCUGAAAACAUAUCCACCACAUCCGCUUGCGCCCACACGCCACUCUCCUCCCUUCCGCAAUCCCUCUCCUGUUCGGGCUAUCAUUGGGGGUGUCGAAGGAGAGGAUCACGACCGACCUUAUUUUCGUAGCAUCUCGCCUGGUGCACCGGUUGCCCCAAGCCCAGGAUGCCGCUACGUCCGGACGCGGCACUCUCCACCGCCAUCACCAUCGAGGCAACCUCACGGUGUCCGGCAUAGCCUCCGGCCUAUCUCGUACAACCGGGUCUUUGGCGAGGGUCCACCCCAACCCCGAGUGGCCCUUGGCACCACACUGCGAGACAGGCUUCUACAUUCUCAUGCCCAUCCUCACGCGCGUUGGUGUAGAGGGUGUCACCAUCGUCACAGAAAUAUCAAUACCGAUGGAUACUGUCCUCAGUGUGUAUACGUCCUACACACAGCUCCCCUGCCGCAUCGCAGAGUGGAAGAAGCUGCUCCGGGAAUCAGACCGAGAUAUGUAACGCCUUCCGAACUUGGUGAAAUCAGGGUGGAUAGAGAUCAUAGAAUGGCAAGCCCUGGGAUGCUGAAGGCAGGUCGGCAGCAGGAGAGAAGGCAUCCCGAUUUGAUGAUGGCGGAAACCGACAAUACCAGUGACGAGUAUGAGCUCUUCAACGUAAGGGGAAGGCAGGCAAUAUAA